AUGGGAGAACCAGUGAUCCAUGAGUGCCUGGAGGCCAUCGAAGCCACCUACUCCAGUUGCCCGGAUCUGAAGGAUACCCUGCUUGAGAAUACUGAGACCUGGUCCACCGAUGGAAGCAGCUAUGUCAUCAGUGGAAGGCAUGCUGGGGCCAUUAUGGCUAAGUAUGACCUCGAGGCCCGCAAGGCCAUGCAGGAGCAGCUGGCCAGGAACAAGGAGCUGAUGCAGAAGGUGCGGGUGGAACCGCCCGAGGAGGAGCUGUGUGAGGUGCCUGAGAAGGACACUACAGCCUUGCCUGUGCCCACUGGGGCCAGUGGGGCUAAUCCCUGGAUGCUGGGCAAGCCCAGUGGCCCGGCCCUGGAACCUGAGGCACAGGAGGGUCCAAGAGAUGACACAGUGCUUGCUACUGUGGAGAGCAAGGACGAGAUGGAAGAGGGGGAGGAAUUAUCAGAGGAAGAAGCUCUGCUGCAAGACUUCAAGCAGAAGCGACGGGAGCGGACAGGGAGCCCGGAGGGGCAUGGUGAGGAGCUUGAGGCCCCGUGCUGGGUAGGCUGGGAGUGCUGUGGGGCUGGCCAAAGGAAGGGGGAUCUGGGGAUAGUUUUUGGCUGGUUUCACACAGCUGUCCUUACUCUCUGCCCUGUGAAGUGACCAUUUCUACCCUCAACAGGUAAAAAACAGCAACCUGUAGGUGCCGCUGAGACUGAGGCCAGUGCUGAGCAGCCUAGGGACAGCCCAGUCCCCCCAGCCUGCACUGAGGAGCUGGGAGACAGCCCAGUCCCCCCAGCCUGCGCUGAGGAGCUGCGAGACAGCCCAGUCCCCCCAGCCUGCGCUGAGGAGCUGCGAGACAGCCCAGUCCCUCCAGCCUGUGCUGAGGAGCUGGUGAGUGCAGGGCUGGAGCCGCCGCCUCAGGCCCAGGAGCAGCUCCUGCUCUCAGAGCAGCUGCACCGUGUGCAGACCUUGGAGGAUAUGGAGAGACUGGCCAAGGAGGAGCUUGUGGAAGAGCAGGAGAAGCUGGUAGCCCCAAGAGCAGGGAAGCAAGCACAGCAGCAGGAGGAAGGCAGAGCUGGGGACAAACGUACCAAGAAAACACCAGCAAAGAAGAAGAUGAUCAGCCUGGAGGCUGUGCUGGAUGGGAAGCCCCAGGAGGUGGACUGCCCCAGCCUGCCUGUGGUCCUGGAGGAGGAGGAGGGUGGCAUCGAGCAGCGCGGGAUGAUCACGGAGGCCUUUGCUGGGGAUGACGUGGUCGCCGACUUCCGCCGGGAGAAGCGCAAGGCGGAGGAGGCGGCGAAGCCGCAGCCGGUGAACCUGGUGCUGCCAGGCUGGGGCGAGUGGGGCGGCACGGGGCUGAAACCCAGCGCCAGGAAGAUCAAGAGGUUCCUGAUCAAGCCGCCCCCGGCGCCUCCGCGGAAGGAUCAGCACCUGCCCCACGUCAUCAUGAGCGAGAAGCGCAACAUCCACGCGGCAGCGCAUCAGGUCAGCGAGCUGCCCUUCCCCUUCGAGCGGCACCAGCAGUUCGAGCAGAGCAUGCGGACACCUGUGGGCCCCACGUGGAACACUCAGCGUGCCUUCCAGAAGCUGACGGCCCCUCGAGUCAUCACCCGCAUUGGCCACAUCAUCCAGCCCAUCUCAGCCGAGGAUGUCCCUGACACAGCCCCUGGCAGCGGGGCCAGGCUCGGGGGGGAGGCCGUGCCCGGGGAGAAGACCGUGCCCAGGAGGAAGGCCGUGCCCGGGGGGAAGGCUGUGCCCAGGAGGAAGGCCGUGCCCGAGGGGAAGGCCAUGCCCAGGGAGAAGGCCGUGCCCGGGGGGAAGGCCGUGCCCAGGAGGAAGGCCGUGCCCGAGGGGAAGGCCAUGCCCAGGGAGAAGGCCGUGCCCGGGAGGAAGGCUGUGCAGCCCCGGCACCGCAGAGCACAGUAGCUCUGUGUCUGCCGCCUGAGGGCUCGAACUGGAGCAAGCAGAGGAACCAGGAGCAGCUCCUGGUUCUGUUCAGUUCCUUCUACCUCUUUCUCUGCAAUAAAACCCAGGGCUGCCCUUCC